AUGAAAACGACUUCUCUUUUUUCGGCUGCCCUCGCCUCUGUGCUGGGCUUGACGUGGGUGAAGCUAGCUCAGGCUGAUCGCUUUAUUUGCCGCGUCGACAGCGUUCGCGUUCUUGAGACGAAAGGCAACCCCGGCAGCGAGGAAGAGUGGGACGUGAGAAGAGGAGCAGUUUACUUUGGAUCGAACACCAGGUCUAAGGAGUUGGGCAUGAUGUACAAGGACUUCAGCAUCAAGAAUCUUAACAACAAGGCCUGCGAACCUCCGGACAACAAGAAGAAAGAAGAUGGGUUCUAUACAUGCCCAGUCUACGCAGGCAAUUCCAGGGCUGGCGCCAACUGGUGCGUGGAUGAUGCUAAGAGCUUCUUUAAGUUUGGAUUCAAGUUCCAAAUUGGAGACUACGAUGCAGGUUUCGACAAUGGACCGAGUUGGGAUGUGGGCCGUCAGGCUAUCAGAGUUAACAAGGCAGAUUUGCCAACCAAAAGAGGCGGUGAAUGGUCGAAAUAUUACACCAGAACUGGUCCCGAAGGAAGGAAGGGGCGUAUCUUUGCCAAGUGCUGGCGCGAAGCUGGCUCAUGCAAAGCCAUUGGAUACAAGCACCAUGGGAACGGUGGUGGCUACAGCAAUUUCGAAGGAAGGGGCUACAAGCAAGGCUGUUCUGUGUUCGCUCAGUGCAGGGAAGGGCUCAGUUGUCACCCGGGUGUCCAUGAAUGUUACAACAAUCCCCGCAAGUACGAUGAACCGUGUUCCCUUUUUUUGGCUGCGAGGAUGGCCUGUCUUGUCAUCCUGGUGUCCACAAGUGCUUUCAUUCACCACGUCUUGAGGUGCGAGGAUGGUUUGACUUGUGUGAUUGGUCAAAGAUGCGUUCCCGACUGUCUUGAUCCAGCUAUCGACGCACUGCGAGAUGAGUUCGACUUGGACGAGCUCCUGGACAAGGUGAAAGCCAAAAUAGAUCUUGAUAAUGAGCCUGAAGAGGCAGUUGCCGAUGGGACGAUCAAAGAUUCUUUCCAAAAGCCCCUGGAAGCAUUUGUGGAUGCAUAUAAGAGUUGCGGCCAACAACACGCAGCUGCAACAUUCUACGCGGGAUUAGUGGGAGAAUUCGGUGCAGGGGCCAAGCACAUUGGCGUUGUAGCUCUCGCAGUAGACACAAAUGGCAAUUUGGGCGCGGCUUUUGUAGACUGUACCAGUGUCGGAGCCAACUUUGGAGCUGCCGUUGGAUUCGUCCUUGGGAUUGUCUUCACCCCGGACAUUCAGAACCUCCCAGGAAAAUCAAAUGGUUUUGAUUUCGACGUGCACAUUGGCCCUGGAAUUAGCAUAGCUUUCCAGUUUGCUCUCGAUGGAACUCCAGCAAUUGAAGUAGGUUUGGGAGCUGGCGUCAACGUCAAUGUCUUCAGUGGGACCCAUUGCGACACAGCUGUCAAACCCAUCAACUAUUGA